GUUCAAGCCACACGAGAAUCGCAACCCUGGAAAAAAAGAGUAAACGAGUUAAAAUUCUUUUGUGUUGUGAGUGAAACUUUGUCUCUGGUCGGUUGAAAAGGAAGUUUUUAUAUCUUGUGAAAUGUCGUUUUAAUUAUGUCUGUAAUUUCGGUUUGAAACAAAGAGAAAUUCCAAAAAUGGUCAAAACAGAACACAGAACGAUUAUAGCAAAAGAAUUUGCUACAAACAGUAAUAUGAAUUCAACAUAUCAACUCAAUUCAAUAUCUUGACAAGAGAACACAUCAAAAUGGCUACCGAUUCAUCUUCAUACGAAAUGCAAACGCGAGGUGAUGAAAAGGAGAAGAAGACAGAUAAACCCGGGCUUUCCGCUGGAAAGAUAUUUUAUAAACCUGGAGUUAUUGAGGAGGAAACCGAUGAAACUAGUGCUUAUGACAGCUCCAUGGUGGAGUCCCCUAUGCUGUACAGCGGGAGUGGUUUCUUGAGACCAGCACAGAUACAUCCUUCGGCUAGUCUCCAUCGUAUACCUACUUACAGCAGCUCCAUCGGUCAAAGUACGGUGUAUCGCCAAGAUACUUGCAGAAUUUACUAUUUACACGUCGAUAAGUGA